AUGGCUCGCCGGCUCGUCCGAACGGGCGUUCAGCUCGGCUUGUUAGUAACGUUUGCGCUCCUCCUAGUCCUCUUUCUCGACAACAAGUUCCGGGUCCUGCCAGCGUCCAUCCAUGGCCACCUUCCCAUGCACUUUUCCGGCUACGUGAUCACCGAUGUGACCGUCACCCAAUGUUCCUCACUCAAUCCGUUCUCGAGCUGCAAGUUGGACCCGGAAGUAUGGUUCCGCAUUGAGAAGGAUCUCUAUCUACGCACUGGCUGGACCUCAACGGCGUAUAUUCAAUUCCAACGAAAGAAGGAGGAAGAGUUGGGUCCCGAUGACAAAGUGGUCAUUGACCUGAAGAUCAGUCGCCUGACCCCGCCCACCGAGUAUACUCCCAAGGGAGACGAUGAGGCGUGGGAGGCCCGGCCCGGUGGCAUCUGGCUACGGCGGACGGCCUCGCGCCAUGCUAGCGAUUCUGAGAAAGCGAUCACAUAUAUCGAUGUGCUCUUCGGCGCUGACGCUGUUGAUCCUCGUCCCAACUGGGAGGUCAAAGAUACACCCUUGUUGCUGAAUGGGUGGACGGAGAAGCUGGAGACUCGUCUCAGCAUUCGACGUGGCAACCCCCUGAAACUCAAGAAGCCUACUCCUCGGAUCAACGAGAAUGGAAAAUUCAAAGUGAUGCAGCUCGCAGAUCUGCAUCUGAGCACGGGUCUUGGUGCUUGCCGUGACCCUGUGCCCGCCGAAUCGGCACCGGGACAAAAGUGUGAAGCCGAUCCCCGAACAUUGGAGUUUGUGGAGCGACUCCUCGACGAAGAGAAGCCAGAUAUGGUCGUUCUGAGUGGAGACCAGGUCAACGGAGAAACCGCUCCGGAUGCUCAAAGCGCCGUGUUCAAGGGCGUGAAGCUUCUAGUCGACCGCAAGAUUCCCUACGCUGUUAUCUUUGGCAACCAUGACGAUGAAGGUGACCUCAACCGAGCCCAACUCAUGUCCAUCUAUGAAGACCUACCCUACUCUCUUUCAACAGCCGGCCCGGAAGACAUCGACGGAGUCGGCAACUAUAUUGUCGAAGUUCUCGACCGCGGCGGUGGUACACACUCGGCACUCACUUUCUACCUCCUUGACACCCACGCCUACUCGCCUGAUGAGCGGCAGUUCCGAGGUUAUGACUGGGUCAAGCCGAGUCAAAUCCGCUGGUUCAAGAACACCGCCCAGAGCUUGAAGAGGAAACACCAGGAGUACUCUCACAGUCAUAUGAAUAUGGCUUUCAUUCAUAUUCCCCUCCCCGAAUACCGGAACAAUGGCAAAUACUUUAAGGGUGAGUGGCAGGAACCGCCAACUGCACCUGGAUUCAACUCUGGUUUUAAAGACGCCCUAGAAGAAGAGGGCGUCUUGUUUGUAAGCUGUGGACACGAUCACGUCAACGACUACUGCAUGCUCGAGCAAGAUGCCAAUGAUAAACCCUCAUUAUGGAUGUGCUACGGCGGCGGUGUCGGUCUGGGUGGUUAUGGAGGUUAUAACGACUACGUUCGGCGGGUGCGCUUCUUCGACUUCGACAUGGGCCCUGGCCAAGUCAGGACCUACAAACGUCUUGAAUGGGGACAAACAGAAACCAAGCUCGACGAGAUGAUCAUUGUCGAUGGAGGUUCUGUCAAGGGGCCGAACGAAUAG